UACAUGCCAUCUUAUUAAAGCUGCAAGGCCAUUUUAUUGUUGUUCGGAGAUGUUUGAUGGGUUUGUUUUUUAGUUUUGUUUCAUCUCUUUCUUUACCUUUCCCAAUGCGAAUGUAGGGGCCGUUACUCCGCCAAUAAAAAGCCACGUCACCCUCGCAAUACUUGAUAAUACCCCACCACCUCAUCAUCAAUCAAACAAACUCCGUUUGGCCGCUUCCUACGUUUCGUACGGGAGGCCUCUAAAUCUAAUCUCCAAUUCCCUGUUCAUCCAAACAUGUCCUUGUUGCCAGCUCUUCAUAAUUCAUAAAUCGUCGUAUAUAAGUCUCCCGUUUAAGUUUAACUCUAAAGACUAAAGGCUUAUUGCCAUGCGAAAAAUGGUGUGAGUUAUCUACGGCGCCGCUCUACUCCAAAACUCCGUCUGUACCGCCUUUCCGUUACCAAAAAUAGGUACGGCGCACUUUUCUCAGCGUUCGACGAAAACAAUGUUGUUCUCCGUGUUUCUCGCUCUCUUUCUACCAUGCGCCGGCAUGUCCGUAGUGUUGGUGGUCUACUUCUGCUUGCUAUGGUACGCCGCCACAUACAACGCCGCCGCAGCCGCCGCCGGAAACGGCGGCCAGUACGCGGCGAAGAGCACUCAGCAAACGGGUCUCUCCGCCACGCAGCUGGAGAAGCUGCCGAAAGUCACCGGGAAGGAUUUGGUUCUGGGGAACGAUUGCGCUGUUUGCUUGGACAAUAUCGGGAGCGACGAACCGGCUCGGCUGGUUCCCGGUUGCAACCACGGGUUCCAUCUAGAAUGCGCCGACACGUGGCUGGCAAAGCACCCGGUUUGCCCGAUUUGCAGAACCAAGCUCGGGCCGGAGCUCUUCGACCCGCCGGAAGCUAACCCCUGCUGAACUGACGGCUUUUCAGUUCCUGUGGAUAAGUUUCAGGUUAUGGGUAGUCAUCGUAUUUUCUUUAUCUUUUAUCUUUAUUUCCGUUACUAGGAAACCCCCAAAAAAAAAAAAAAAANUUUUUUUUUUUUUUUUUUAAAAAAAAAAACUUUAAUAGGCAUCGUAAUAUAUUAAGGUUAUGGAUGGCACGCUGCGUGAUGCAUGCGGGCAUGUUCUAUAAUAAUACACUGAUAAAUAAUGCUCCGGGCGGAAACAAAAACCAUAACAUAAAGGAGUUGCAUUCUAAGGUAUUCAUCGGCACAUAUAUUUUCUUUUUAUACCAAAUUAAAUAUAAUCAAACUUAAUUAUAUAUGAUAUUGUGAGUAUAAGUGUUAACCGUAUAAUUUUAGUAUAAAAAUAUCGGUCUCAAUUAAUAUAGCUGAAAUUUUUUAUAUGCGCAUAUGCACUCUAUAAGAAUAUUGUGGUAUUGUUGUGAUUGAAAAAAUUCAUGUAUAAUUACGAAAGAAUGUUACUAUUGAUUGUUAAGGACUUAACGUAUGGAAGGGACAUAUGAAAAGAUAUUGAUAUAUGGAGUAAUUUAUUUUUUAAAAUCAAAAUAAGGUGGGGGCAAGUCAUGAUUGAGAAUAUAAAUUUUAUAUAUUUGAAAAUUAUUGUCAAUUAUGAGCAUGAAAAUUACCAGUUACAAAGAAAGAACAGUGUGCAACUGGGCAUGGUAAAGAAUAAAAUGCAUUGGGAAGGAAGACAGAAAGAACAAAAUGCAUGGGCGGCAUGGGCCUUGCUGAAAAAUAACUGGCGGUAUGUAAAGAUCAGACAAUUGUGAUAGAACGCAUGAUUAAAGUUAGGAUGUAGGCCAAUGAACUUGUAUUCUAACGGCACGAAGUGAUUCUGAAUUUGAAUCAUAAUAAGGAUGAUAUUGACUUGAGCAGAUACUACAAUGUAAAAAAAUCAGUAUUACUAAAAAAAUUAGGAUGUAGACUACAAAAAUUCAAACUCAAAAUAAUUCAUUUUUUUAAGCUAAUAACUUAAAGAAGCUAAUAUUUAAUUCAACUAAAAGAUCAUAAGUUUAACACGCUAACCAAUUUGUUUUGGAAAAAUGUCAAAUAGGUCACUGAAUUUUAAAAAUGUACAGUUAAAUCAUCAAGUAAACAAAAUAUGUGUAAUUGAGACACUUUUUUUAAUUUUUCCUAUAAAAUCGGCCGGUCUUAUUGCUUACAUCUUAUGUACUAAGUAAGAGUUACCAUUUCUUCUGUCAUACUAGUUAUGAUGAAAGAUUGAAAUAUUUUCAACUCAAAUUACACUAAAAUAAAUCAAAAAAGUCCCAAUUACGCAUAUUUAACUUGUUUGAUAGUUCGAUUGUAAUUUUUUUUUUUGGAAUUCAUCAGUAACUUAAUUACAUAAAAACGAUAAGUUUAGUAACAUAUUUAAUUCUAUUUUCAUUUAUUUUGAUUCAUAACAUUUUGUUUCAUACAGUAUUUAAUAUCUUUACCAUUAUAAAACUAAUUUGGAUUACAGAGUUUAAUUUCAUAAUAAGCAACAACAUAAGCAUGUGAUUUGAAACGGAAUUUUUACGACAUAGGCGUAGUAUUUGAUGACUCUUUAAGAAAAAGAAAAAGCUGAAUUCCAGGGCAUACGACAUGUAUACUUUGAAAGCUGGAAAGUGGCCAAACUAAAGAUCUAGAUUUAAUUUAAUUGGUUCCGGGGAACUAUUGUGCGUGGUUUGCUUAGAAUAUAUACAACGUAACAUGGCAUUCUUAACAAUGUUAUUCUUCAACCUUUCACUAUUGGUAUUCAUCCUAAGAAUACUAGGAUUGCUGGAAGUCGGUGAUCGCGCACCCUUACAAGAAUCACUCCUUUAAUCUUGUAAUUACAUUAAUUAUAUGUUUGUAACUAUUCCAAAUUAUUGCUAUUCUUCCCGAUGAAACUGUCUUACUACGUACUGUUCGCUGAAUCGAUUGGUUUAUUUAUUCUCAUAAUUUGAAAUAAAACAUUAUAGUA